UCGCGCCGCUGGCUGCAGGGAUUCGCCUCCCACCAUCCGCCCCGCACCGCACCACCACCACACCGCCCCGCCCCGCCCCGUCCCGAGAAAGCAAGCGGACCAGCGCGGCGACGGAGGCGUCAGCCUCCUUCCAGGAGAAGGAGAGCGCGCCGCUCGCCCGCCCACCUGACGAGAGAGGAGCAGAGGAGGCGCGAAGCGGAGGGGUCAGACGGGCGCCAUGCCCUCGUCGUCGUCGUCGAUGGGGGGCUCCCUGGCGCUCGCGGCCGCCACGGCCGUCGCGUUCUCGGGCUCCCUCGUCAUCUUCUCGCUCUGCCGCGCGCACCUCUCCCACGCCGCCCCGGCCGGGUCCCUCCGCCCCUGCCUCUCCCCCUCCUCCUCAGAGAAGCGCCGGCGCGGGGGCAGGGCGAGGCGCGCCAAGGCGGAGAAGCGGGUGCGGUUCGCCGCCGACGUCGUCGACAAUGAGGGCGCCCCGCGCCCGACCCGGACUUCGCCCCCGGCCGCGGCGGCGGGCACCUGCAGGGGCGCCGCGGCGGCCGCGGAGCCGGACGAGCGGGCGGCGAUGCCGGCCAACCGGGAGGCGCUCUACCGCGGCAUGCUCCGCGACCGCUCCGCCCACCGGGUCACCUGCUCCUGCUGACCCCCGGCCGCCGCCGGCCCACCCGCCGGAGGGCGGAAAUAGCUUCUCCUUUCGUGCGGCGGCGUUAGUCUUCGGUAGGCAGGCUGUUGACUUCCGGUUUCGUCCGUCCUUCUAGACGGACGCCUGUUAAUAGAUUUUUUUUCUGCUAGUGUUUUUCUUUCCUCUAUUUUUACUCGCCGUAGAUUAACUUUUAGCCUACUGUAAUUUUAAAGCGUGCGUUCGGGCGAGAGGAAGAAGCUCUGCUCUGUAAAUAUGCUGCGAUUUCAUCAGAAGAGAGGAAGAUGAAAAUUGAAGUCACCGCUUCCAGCA